AUGGCCGGUGUGAGCAGAGCCAGAGGACUGCUGUGGCGCCUCACCUGGGCCCUGGUGCUCUCUCUGCUGCUUCAGGGGCCCCUCUGUCUGGCCAACGAGGAGCACCAUGACGCAUCAUCCACCACCACGGACACCGGAGGAGGGGAACAUGGCACCAGUGGCGGCGGGGACAGCCAUGGGGACAGCCAUGGGGACGAGCACGGGGACGGGCACGCGGUGGCGAACAUCACCACCCUGCCCAUCGUGACUUGGAAGUGGCAUCACGUGGAGACGCCGUACCUGGUGACCCUCUGGAUUCUGGUCUGCUGGCUCUGCAAACUGGUGGUCGAGCUGAACCAUCAUGUGACGAGCGUGUUCCCGGAGAGUGGCCUUCUCAUCCUGAUCGGCUUCGUGCUGGGUGGCAUCGUGUGGGGUGCCGACAAGGCCCAGACCUUCACGCUGACGCCCACCAACUUCUUCUUCUACCUGCUGCCCCAGAUCAUCCUGGACGCCGGCUACUUCAUGCCCAACAAGCUCUUCUUCAGCAACCUGGGCGCCAUCCUGAUCUUCGCCAUCAUCGGCACCUGCUGGAACGCCGCUGCCGUUGGGCUGUCGCUGUGGGGCUGCUACGAGGGAGGGGCUAUGGGUACUCUGGACAUUGGCCUACUGCAGUUCCUGCUGUUUGGGAGCCUGAUCGCGGCGGUGGACCCUGUGGCCGUCAUUGCCGUGUUUGAGGAAGUGCACGUCAAUGAGGUCCUCUUCAUCUUGGUGUUUGGGGAGUCGAUCCUCAACGACGGUGUCACCGUGGUGCUCUACAAUGUUUUUGACUCUUUUGUAACAUUGGGAGGCGAGAGGAUUGAUGCUGUCGAAAUCAUCAAAGGCAUAAUCUCCUUCUUCGUGGUGGCCUUUGGAGGAGCCCUGAUAGGGGUGAUCUUUGCCAUCCUGCUCUCGGUGGUCACCAGGUUCACCAAGAACAUCCAGAUCAUCGAGGCCGGCUUCAUCUUCGUGCUCGGCUACCUGUCCUACCUGACGGCGGAGAUGCUGUCCCUCUCAGCCAUCCUCGCUAUUACAUUCUGCGGCGUGUGCUGCCAGAAGUACAUCAAUGCCAACAUGGACGAGCGCUCGGUGACGACGGUGCGUUACGUGAUGAAGGUGAUCGCCAACGGCUCUGAGACCAUGAUCUUCGUCUUCCUCGGGGUGACGGCCAUCGACAAAACCGUCUGGGUGUGGAACACUGGCUUCAUCCUGCUGACUGUCUUCUUUGUGCUCAUAUACAGGUUCAUGGGUGUCUUCUUCCUGACGUACUUUCUAAACAAGAACCGGCUGGUGCCCAUUGAGCUGAUCGACCAGGUGAUCAUGUCGUACGGUGGCCUGCGGGGGGCGGUGGCGUACGGCCUGGCCACCAUGCUGAACGACGAGAAGAUCCCAGAGAAGAACCUCAUGAUCAGCACCACACUCAUCGUCAUCUACUUUACCGUCAUCCUACAGGGCAUCACUAUGAAGCCUCUGGUGCAGUGGCUGAAGGUGAAGCGAGCGGCUGCUCAGGACCUCAAGCUGGUGGAGAAGGUUAACAACAGGGCCUUCGACCACAUCCUGUGCGCUGUUGAAGACGUCUGUGGCAGAAUAGGAGACAACUGGUGGACCAGAGGGUGGAAGCGGUUUGAGGAGAAGUAUAUCUCCUGGCUCCUGAUGAAACCCAAGCCCAGGAAGUCCAAUGACUACCUCUUCAGCGUCUUCCACAAGCUCAACCUGGAGGAUGCCAAGAACUAUGUCCAAGAGGGUGAGCGCAGGGGCUCUCUGGCAUUCGUCCGCAGCGCUGAAGAAGACGACGCCCAAGUCAACUUCAAGAAGAAGUUUGGCGCCGACAUGGAUGACAUGCCAGACAUCACCGUGGACGCGGACUACAACAACCAAGUGCCCAUGUCCUCAAUCAUACAUGACACGGUGCCAUCGGUGUCUCUGAACAUCUACGAGCAGGACACCCAGGGCCAGAGGGAGAGUGAAGCCUUCAACGCCCACCACUUACUGCAGGAGCAUCUCUACAGGAGCAGAAAACAUCAUCGCCACAAGUACAGCAGGAGCAACUUCACGAUCAACCAGAGCGAGGGGGAGGUGCAGGAGAUCUUCCAGAGGACCAUGCGCAGCCGGCUGGACUCCUUCAAGUCGGCUAAGAUGGGCGCCGCGCCCGCCAAGAGGAUCACCAAGCACCCUCCCAAGCAAAAGAUGGCCAAUGGAAAACACAUAGAUGCAAACCAAAGCUACCCUUACGGGGAUGAAGACUUUGAGUUCUCUGCGUCAUCCGAAGGAGACAGUGCAUCUGGAGGAGGAGAGGGGGCCACGGCAGCUCCAUACAACUUCAGGAGCGUAUACACAGCUGGAGCUGGUAUCGAGAACCCCGCCUUCAUGCCCGAGAUGGACACGCCCCCUCCGAUGCGCAACCCUCCCUGGUUGGACCAGGCGGCGACGGACGCCAGUGGCGUGGCGCCUUCCCAGAGUGCUCAGCGGCGGCUGCCCUGGACGCCCAGCAACCUCCGCCGCCUGGCUCCGCUGCGCGUCAGCACGCGCUCCAACGACUCCUUCGCCAUGGCCGACGUGCUGGCCGUGCAGGAGGACCCCGAGGACAGCAGCAGCCCCCCUCGGCCUCGCCAGGACGGGACCAACAUGUAGGGGGGCUCCCUCCACCACCACCACCACCCCGCCACACCAGCUCUCCAGGACAGGACAGGACAGGGCAGGGCCAACAUGUAGGCAAAAGUGUCAAAAGCCCCAAUUCAGAAGUAAAAACCCUGCCACAGUCCCCUCCCAAGUAAGCCGACUUCACAGAGUAACUAGGGGGGGUGUUAACCUUUCUUGGCAGGGCAGUGAAGAAUGGCCCGGGAGAGAGUGGGGCACAGAUGAGGUAGGGUCGGGAAAUGACCCUGGCUGCAUUCGAACUUGGGCUGUUUGCCCACUUAUGGCAUGGUGCAGUAUGAUGCAUAAGCACUGUCCACCAUAUCACCCCCCUGGCCUACCUGUCUCGAAUAGUCAUUAUGAACUGAUUCAUAGCUGGUUGGAUCAAAUUUGUGGCAGUGUUUUUACUAUUCUGCACCCGGGAUUGACAUCUCUGUAUGUGGGUGUGCCCUUUGCCCUGCCUACAGUAAAUACAGUCAUGGAGAUCUCCCCAGUAGCAUUUACCACAGAUGCCCUCCAAAGGCAAAGUGCAGUAACUAUGUACAUAUUUUGUGAAAAUUGAAUUUAUACUGAAAAUGGUCUUCUUAACACCUCCUUUAUUUUGUGACAACGCCUUAUGAUCCAAAUGUGUCCCGUUUUAGAGAUAUUGCUAUGUCAAAUUGACAGUAACUACAAUAUCCAACCUAAUACCAACAUUUUUAAAACCUUUUUUUUUAGUUACUGCACUUUGCUUUUGUAGGGCAGACAGGACCUCAGUGAUAUUGAGUACAACCUCAGGGAGGAUUCUGUAUAACUAAAUCCUGAAGAGUUUAGUGGUAUCCCCUUACUCUUUCCUAGUCAUUCUCCCCAGCCUACCACUGCCUCAAUCCUUUGGUGGCUAAUCCAGAUAGUGAGGCCGCUGUCUGGCUGGGUAGUUUGAUUGGACAUCAAUCAAAAUUAUGCAAUAAUUACUCGAGUAGAGCCGUUCAAUGUCAAUGCAGUUGCCACGGUGUAGCCCAAUCUAGAGCAAAUAAAUGUCUGCUUUCAGGCUUGAUGGCUGAAUCAAGAUCUAAGCUUAUUUAAUGUCUUGUUAAACAAGUCAACCAUUAAGCUAUCCAAGACAAAUUCACCUCUUCAUUCCCUUUUCUGUCUGAUCCACCUUGAAGGAAAAAUGUGAAAAUGUAUCAUGCACUGAACUGUAUUAUGUAAUAUGUCAAAAUGUGAGAUGACCAAGUGAGCCAUGUUCUUCUGUCCUCGAAAGUGUAUAAGACCUACUUCUGAGUAUCUUUUUCAUAAAAGUGCAUUUUCACCUGUAAAUAGCAUUGUUGCAGUGUUGCAGUGUUAGCACUAAUAUUUAUUCGGGCACAUCAAGCAUAAAUACAGUACAUUUUUAUGUUGAUAUUUAUUUGAGUUGCUGAAAUCAAUUUAGCCUACUUCAGACUGGGCAAGGAUCUUUUGGUUUCACUAUAAUCCAUGCAUUGUGGUUGAUAUUUGAACAAAUGUGAUUAUUAUUACUUAAAUCUUUCCCUCCAUCUUUCAAUUUGCCUUUUGUUACAAAAUCUACUGUAAAUUGUUGUAAAAUAAAUAUUUAUUCACAAACAAAUCGAUCCAUUUUUGCGCAGGUGAAAACGUGGUGUCAACAACAGGGCGGUGUGAUUAAGGAUGAAUGGACCUGCCAGGUGUCAAAGUGUCACGCCAAACUGCUAAUACACACCCUAUGAUGAUACGUUUGCCCUUGAAUACAAAGUAGUAAAGUGUAUGCCAUAUAAAUCCAGUCAAAGUAAAUAAUGGGCCCUUGGCGGCGGGCUGCAUUAUUUUGCGCUCAAACGCUCAUUUCUCAUUGGGUUCGGACAUGGUGGCGUAGUGGUUAGCGCGUCUGUUCACCAUGCAGGCGACCCGGGUUCGAGUUGUUGAUAUUUGAUCAGAUGUGAUCUUCACUACUGAAUG